UCCCCAAUGACUUUUCAGACAUCAUUCUUCCGUUGGAUUUCUGAUCUUGACAUUAAUUACAUUGAACUUCUCGUUUACAAUCCAACAAAAUAAUCCCACAGCAAAUCGACUCGACAAAAAACAAUGACGCCCAAAAUAUUCAUCACAGGAACCACAGGCUACACCGGAGGCGAUACCCUCUACACACUCUACAACGCCCAUCCAGACUGGGAAUUCACAGCGCUCGUCCGCAACUCUGAUCGAGGUGCUCCUGUCGCCGCUGCCUUUCCAAAAGUCCAUUUAGUAUAUGGUACUUUGGAAGAUGCAUCGAUUCUUGAAGAGGAAGCUGCAAAGGCGGAUGUAGUUUUACACACAGCCGACUCCUCUGACCACGAAAUAGCUGCAAAAGCCAUCGCCACCGGACUCGCAAAAGGUCACUCCCCCUCCAACCCAGGCUACUGGCUGCACCUCUCCGGCACCGGCAUCCUCUGCUGGAAAGACAUGGAAACGCAAACCUACGGCGAAGCCCCCUCCCAACCCCCCUACGACGAUCUCUCCGGCGUCUCCCAACUCACCAGCCUCCCCGACUCGGCCUUCCACCGGGCCAUCGACAAGCUCGUCCUCUCCGCGGGCUCCCCCUCCCUCAAAACCGCCAUCGUCUGUCCCCCGACCAUCUACGGUCACGGCCGCGGCCCCGGCAACCAACGCAGCAGACAAGUCUACAACCUCGUCCGCAUCACCCUGCAAAAGGGCCAGGCCCCCCAACUCGGCAAGGGUCUCACAGAGUGGGAUAACAUCCACGUGCACGAUCUCAGCGCGCUCUUCCUCCGGCUGGCCGAGCGCGCACUCUCCAACGCCCAAUCUUCCGACGACGUGGAAAUCUGGAACGAGAAGGGCUAUUUCCUCGCCGAAAACGGUCACCACGUCUGGGGCGAAAUCUCCGCACAAGUCGGCGCCGACGCAUUCGCAAAAGGUCUCAUCAAGACGAAAGAAGUAGCCGCGAUGGAUGUGGAUGAAGCCAAGGAACUAGCAGGAUUUGAAGCGAUCUCCUGGGGUUUGAAUUCAAAAGGAUUUGCAAAGAGAGCGAGGAAGUAUUUGGGGUGGAAUCCUACGGGCAGGAGUUUGAAAGAGGAGAUUCCGUUUAUUGUGGAUGAGGAGGCGGAGAGAGAGGGUUUGACGAAGGGACAUAAAAAGGUGGCUGCUGGGGAGGCGUGAGGACGAGGAGUAGUGGAUAAGUAGAUAAAAAAAUGGCGGCUUUCGAAUCGACUUUUUUCGAUAUGAGAGCUAAUAUAUUAGAUGCAUCAGGCCUAAGAUUGUGUUUACCGAAUACAAUAUUGAACUCUGCAUAUUAGAUCUAAUAUGUAACUGAAAUGUUUUAGAGCGAAUACGAUAGGCAACUAAUCCAGACUCUAGAGUCUCAAAUUCUAGGGCUAGAUAUUUAUUACUACAACAACUACUACUACUAUUACUGUGACAGUAUCA